AUGUUCGGAGUCACGAUAAGACUCGAUGACCAACUCGGAACCACAACCACACCAACUACCAUAUACGUGGACCCAACUUCCCAAGACCAGCCGAGUCACAACUCGGACCACCGUUCAAUAGAAACACUCGUCGUCGUUUUAGCCGUCAUUACCAUUUUAUCAGUCUUAGCCGGCGUCUUCGCUCGGCUCUGCGGCGGCCGCCAUUUAUCUGACGGCGGAGACCAUGACAUUGAAGGCUGGGUAGAGAGGAAGUGCCGUAGCUGCAUCGAUGCAGGGGUUCCCACCGUCGCCGCCGUUCCUCCACCGCCACAUCCGGAGACGGCAGCAGCAGCGGAUGAACAGAGUAAGCCAGCAGGCGCCGAAGAGCAAACCAAUAAGUGA